AUGCCCAGUACUCAGGAAGACGAGACGCACAAGCCAAUGAGAGGAGCCCCGACUGGAUCUGGCGGAGCAGAGCUUGAUUCCGGUGAUUCUGCUGCUGGCAGUGGCAAGGAAAAAGGAGAGGGAGAGGAUGGCGCCGUGUUGGAGCUUCUGAAGUUGGAAGAGCAGCUGAAGGAUAUGAACGCGUGGCUGGGGACACUUCAGCAAGGUGGAACAGGUCAGUCCACUCGAACGAACGGAGGGGCGGCAGGGCAAGCGGAUGAGCAAGUGGAAGAGGAAGAGGAAGAUGAAGAGGAAGAGGAAGAGGAAGAGGAAGAGGAAGAGGAUAAGGAAGAAGAGGAGGACUAUGCUGUGAGAGAUGCACGGUUGUCGCUGACAAUUCAAAAGUUGGAAGAGCAGGUUAAGACUACUGCGUUGCUGCAGUGGGCACCCUGCUCCAAAGGCCAGAUUGACCAGGGUGAACCGGAUCAGCGCGAUGAGGCAAAGGGAGGGGCAGCAGAGCAAGUGGAAGAGGAAGAGGAAGAGGAAGAGGAUGGGGAAGAGGAUGGGGAAGAGGAAGAGGAAGAGGAAGAGGAUGGGGAAGAGGAAGAGGACUAUGCUGUGAAAGAAGCACGCUUAACGCUGACAAUUCAGAAGUUGAAAGAGCAGGUGAAGACUAUUAUGAUACUGCAGAGGGCACCCUGCUCUGGAGUCCAGAUUGACCAGGGUGUUCUGAGUCAGCUCGAUGAGGCAAACGGAGGGGCAGCAGAGGAAGCAAGAGUGGAGGGAAGUCGAGAGCGGAUUCAGCUGCUGUCUUUAGUAACAGAUACGGUUCACUACGUGGAUGUGACGAGUGGGUGGGAGGACCUGUGCAAGUGCUGCUUUGAGCGUGCAGUGAGCCAGCGAGCACAGCGAGCUCUUGACAUGAAGAACCUGGAGGACUUGCGUCGCCACCUGCGCGAGCUGCAGCCUCGUUCCCUCCCCGCAGCAGAUCCCAAGCAGCCGCAGCGUCAUGAAAUGUUUCCUCAGGAGCAUUUUGCGUGGACGGCAGAGAGGGCGUCUCGCCUUUGCGCGGAAGGGAUGUUUCUCGAGUGGAUGGCCGAGCCUCCAAUUGUCGCUGAGCUGGGGGCGGGCAGGCAGGUGGAGCAUGACUGCUUUGCAUCCAUUCUGGUGCAGGUGCUGGGGGUGAAGGAGCGUGUUGAUCUGCAGGAAGGGUUUGCGUUCUUCGUGCAGCACCUGUUGUCAGGCGGGCUGGAGAAGGCGCAUGCAAAGAGGAGGGGGGGAGCCGAGGGGAGGGCUGCUGAGGUGCAUGAGGGGAUGGCGUUUGGGCGAGUUGAGGAGAAGGCUGCUGAGAAGAUGCAUGGGAAGGGGAAGGGCAGAUGGGAGGCGUCACAUGGAAAAAACGAUUGGGGACACAGAGAGGGAGAGGCGGGGGGGAUCAAGAGCACUGGAAGGCUGCGGAACAGUGCGAGCAAGAUGCGCGUAGAGAAUGCAGCUAUUCUGGUGGCCCGGAAGAGGCUGCUGCAGCAACGCUUGCAGCAGACAAGAGGGAAGGAUGGAGGAGCAGGAGCAGAUCCAGGAGGGGCCCCGCCUGCUACUGCUGCUGCAAGCAUCGAUACGAAUGCUAUACCCCCGUUCGGCGCCAUUCCCAAGCCUCUGGAGGAAAGCGGAGUUCCUUUAGAGUGGGAGGAGUGGCCUGAAGGCGUCAAAGCUGCUGUGAAGUUUCCUGCCAACCGAAAUGAGAGGUGUUUUGGCCUUGGGAUAGUGGAGGAGCGUGGUGAACCAUCUGAGAAGCUGACCCUGCACCCUCCUCAGCACACACCUGAAGCAGGAGGGAGCAGCAGGCGUGCAAAGGAGGAAGGAUCUAAUGCAAAAGGCCAAGGAGGUAGCCAGGAAGCUGAAGGGAGCAGAGCGCAUGGGAUAGCUAAAGCAGGAGGGAGCAGCAGGAGUGCAAGGAGGAAAGUCUCGAAGGCAAUAGGGCAAGGAGGUUGGGAGGAAGCCAUGCAGAGCAGAGCACGUGAAAGAGGUGAAGCACUUCAAACUGCCGCCGAGCUGACAGCAACAACACUAUCGCCGCCCAGAAGGAAGCUUCCCAUCGUUCGCUGCGAGGCAGACGCUGACUUCCUGGUGGGGUUUGCCGGGUAUCUCAUGGACCCUCAUGCAUGCUCCCAGUGCCGCGCCUGCUCCCAAGAAUUCAUGUAUUAUGUGUGCAUCAUUGCUGUGAUCGCCAACUUCGCCUACCGCUCCGUCAGCCAUCUGUUCUCCCGCGUGCUCUCCGUCUUCCCGCCAUCCUCGCCUGGUUUUGGCGAGCUCAUUGAGUGCUUGGACUUCCCAGCUCGCCUGCCCAGGCCGUUGAACCUGCACAUGCUGCUGAGGCGAGCCGAGCAGGUGCCUCUGUACUUUCUGAUUCGCAUGGCAGUGUGGUUCUCUCAUCCUCUUCUAUAUCUUGCUGAGAAAGGGCAGGAAGUGCAGUCAGGCGCACAAAAAAAAGGUGCGGAGGAAGCGAGCAAAGUUGGCAGUGUGAAGGUGCACGGCUGCUGGGAUGGUGAGAUAGAGCAGGGGAAUGGAGGAGAGGUGUGGGAAGAGGUGCGAAUGUGGCAUGCUGCAGCAGCGAAUACAUGGAUGUCAAACCUGGGGGUCGCGGGGGGGAGCGAGGAGUGCAGAGCCAGCAGAGAGCGGGAGAGCCUCGACAUCAAGUGGGCUCUCGCGGCGGCGAUCGUCCCGAGAUACUGUGAGGGCUUGCAGGGGCAGCAAGGGUCUGCCAAGAUGCUGCUGGGGGAGCCGUGCUACCGCCCUGCCUCCUCUGUUGCUAUGUCCGCCCCUGCUACUGCUCGCACCCAUCCUGCUGCCUCUCCCACCCUCACUGCAAUAAGCAAGCGUGCUGCUGCUGCUGCUUCUGCUUCUUCGGAUGUCCAAGGCCAUGUGUGUGGUGCUGCGGAAUGUGAGGCGGUGGAGAGUGGCGGAGGGAAGCUGAGGAGGUGCGGUGGGUGUGGCAAGGUGGCGUAUUGCAGCAGAGAGUGCCAAAAGGCGCACUGGCCUUCCCACAAGCUCAAAUGCCCCGGCAGGACCAGCGGGAAGAAGAGUGGGAAGGAUGGGAGCAAGGACGGCUGCAUGAUGAUUGGCAAGGAGAGUGGUUGUGAGGGUUCCGCUUGCAGGCCAGCAGACCAUCGCCUGCCCCCACCUGCCAGCAGACCAUCGCCUGCCCCCACCUGCCUGCAGACCAUCGCCUGCCCCCACCUGCCAGCAGACCAUCGCCUGCCCCCACCUGCCAGCAGACCAUCGCCUGCCCCCACCCGCCUGCAGACCAUCGCCUGCCCCCACCUGCCUGCAGACCAUCGCCUGCCCCCACCUGCCUGCAGACCAUCGCCUGCCCCCACCUGCCAGCAGACCAUCGCCUGCCCCCACCUGCCAGCAGACCAUCGCCUGCCCCCACCUGCCUGCAGACCAUCGCCUGCCCCCACCUGCCUGCAGACCAUCGCCUGCCCCCACCUGCCUGCAGACCAUCGCAUGCCCCCAGCUGCCAGCAGACCAUCGCCUGCCCCCACCUGCCAGCAGACCAUCGCCUGCCCCCACCUGCCAGCAGACCAUCGCCUGCCCCCACCUGCCAGCAGACCAUCGCCUGCCCCCACCUGCCUGCAGACCAUCGCCUGCCCCCACCUGCCUGCCUGA